GCCAAGAAUUUAGAGAUGUAUUUGUCAAGAUUCCUGUCAAUUCAUGCCCUUUGGGUUACAGUGUCCUCAGUGAUGCAGCCCUACCCUUUGGUGUGGGGACAUUAUGAUGUGUGUAAGACUCAGAUUUACACAGAAGAAGGGAAAGUUUGGGAUUAUAUGGCCUGUCAGCCGGAAUCCACAGACAUGACAAAAUAUCUGAAAGUGAAACUGGAUCCUCCGGACAUUACCUGUGGAGACCCUCCUGAGACGUUCUGCGCAAUGGGCAACCCCUACAUGUGCAAUAAUGAGUGUGAUGCAAGUACCCCGGAGCUGGCACAUCCACCUGAGCUGAUGUUUGAUUUUGAAGGAAGACAUCCCUCUACAUUUUGGCAGUCUGCUACUUGGAAAGAGUAUCCCAAGCCUCUCCAGGUUAACAUCACUCUGUCUUGGAGCAAAACUAUUGAGCUCACAGACAACAUAGUUAUUACCUUUGAAUCGGGGCGUCCAGACCAAAUGAUCCUGGAGAAAUCUCUUGAUUAUGGACGAACAUGGCAGCCCUAUCAGUAUUAUGCCACAGACUGCUUAGAUGCUUUUCACAUGGAUCCUAAAUCCGUGAAGGAUUUAUCACAGCAUACGGUCUUAGAAAUCAUUUGCACCGAAGAGUACUCCACAGGGUAUAUGACAAAUAGCAAAAUAAUCCACUUUGAAAUCAAAGAUAGGUUCGCGUUUUUUGCCGGACCUUGGCUACGCAAUAUGGCGUCCCUCUACGGACAACUGGAUACAACCAAGAAACUCAGAGAUUUCUUCACUGUCACAGACCUGAGGAUAAGGCUUUUGAGACCUGCCGUUGGGGAAAUAUUUGUAGAUGAGCUACACUUGGCACGCUACUUUUACGCCAUCUCAGACAUAAAGGUUCACGGAAGGUGCAAAUGUAAUCUCCAUGCCACUGUGUGUGUGUAUGACAACAGCAAAUUGACCUGUGAAUGUGAGCACAACACUACAGGUCCAGACUGUGGGAAAUGCAAGAAGAAUUAUCAGGGCCGACCUUGGAGUCCAGGCUCGUAUCUCCCCAUCCCCAAAGGCACUGCAAAUACCUGUAUCCCCAGUAUUUCCAGUAUUGGCAAUUGUGAAUGCUUCGGCCACUCCAAUCGAUGCAGUUAUAUCGAUCUGCUAAAUACAGUCAUUUGCGUGAGCUGUAAACACAACACUAGAGGGCAGCACUGUGAGUUAUGCAGGCUGGGCUACUUCAGAAAUGCUUCUGCACAGCUGGACGAUGAGAAUGUGUGCAUAGAGUGUUAUUGUAACCCUUUGGGCUCAGUCCAUGAUCGUUGUAAUGGCUCAGGAUUUUGUGAGUGUAAGACUGGAACAACAGGGCCUAAGUGUGAUGAGUGUCUGCCGGGAAAUUCCUGGCACUACGGCUGUCAACCGAAUGUCUGCGACAACGAGCUCCUGCACUGCCAGAACGGAGGGACGUGCCACAACAACGUGCGCUGCCUGUGCCCCGCCGCGUACACGGGCAUCCUGUGCGAGAAGCUGCGCUGUGAGGAAGCGGGCAGCUGCGGCUCCGACUCGGGCCAGGGCGCGCCCCCGCGCGGCUCCCCCGCGCUACUGCUGCCGCUGGCCGCUCUGCUGGGGACAGCCGGCCCCCUGGGGAUCUAGGCGGCGCAUCCAGCCACCACACGGGUCCGGCCGUGGGGAAGCAAACACAGCCCCAGCAUUCGCUACUAACAUAGGAAACCCACCCUCAGACACCCCCCACUCAAACACAGUGUACAAACUAAGAAGGCCCGACUGAACUAAGCCAUAUAUAACAGCCGUGGACAGCACACCGGAGUCAAGACUGGUAAUUUCCGACUCCAGAGGCGUUGGCAGCUGUUGAUAUUAUCCCUGCAAAUCACAUUGCCCGCUGCAGAGCUUAUCGCCGAUUGGAAAGGCUGUGACAGACCCCCAAAAGGAAAGACAAAAAAACAACAACAACAACAAAUCAACCAACCUAAAAACAUUUGCUACUCGCACGUGGUGUGCCCCCCGCACCACUCGGCCCCGUGUGUGAACCAACCAAACUGAAGCAUCCUUUGCUGGCAGUGCAUUGUGGGUCUAAGGAAGUGUGUUACAAGCUGCCAUAUUGGCCUGCUUCAGUCCCUGAACCCCUUCCAACCUGUGCUUUGGUGAACGUUGCUCUGUAACCCUUGUUGGUUGAAAGAUUUCUUUGUCUGAUGUUAGUAAUGCACAUGUGUAACAGCCCCCUUCAAAAGCUCAAGCCAGUCGUACCCCGUAUAUCUUAGCAGCACUGGGUCCACCCAGUGAGAGCACACAUCCACUGUCCAAGAGUGGCUGUAGGAAAAAAAGAAAGUGUAUCUAUCCUUUUGUAUUCAAAUGAAGUUAUUUUUCUUGAAAUACUGUAAUAUGUAGAUUUUUUGUAUUCUUGCCAAUUUGUGUUACCAGACAAUCUGUUAAUGUAUCUGAUUCGAAUCAGCAAAGACUGACAUUUUAUUUUGUCCUCUUUCCUUCUAUUUUGUUUCAUUGUGCAGAGAUUUCUCUGUAAG